AUGGCGGAAGCUGACUUCGAGAUUGACUUUUACGGGGAUACUGCAACCGACCAGCAGUCCGAGCAGCAGGAUGGACCUCAGCAGACCAAGGUUGACUACCAGGCCCAUGAAGAAACUAACGGAGGAGAUGAACCAACGGACAGCCACAAGAGCGCCCACGAGGACCAUGACGAGCACGCCCAACCCCAGACCCAUCAACAAGGAACAAAACGAAAGUCCGAGGAGGAUGAGCGACCGGUCGAUCCAGCAGCCACUUCGGCCCUCAUGAUCUCAGAAUUGAGCUGGUGGACGACGGACGAUGAUAUUCGAGGAUGGCUUCGGAAAGCGGAUGGCGAGGCCGAGAUCAAGGAGCUGACAUUUAGUGAGCACAAGGUCAACGGAAAGAGCAAAGGACAAGCAUACAUCGAGUUCCAAUCACGCCAAGCCGCCACGUUGGCGAAGCGGUGCAUAGAUCAGCUGGCGAAUGAUGGCGGCCAGACUUGGCAAAAGAAGCUGCUGCCCACAUAUUGGAACCCCGGGGUGAACCCUUUCAAAACACUGCCCAAGGAUGCCCCGGCGCGAGGGGUCAAGGAACAGCCCAGGGCAUCGCCUCCAGGUCCGUAUAACGAGCGUGGCAACUUCAGCGGAGGCUUCCGCGGCCGUGGAGGAUUCGGCAACCGAGGAAACAUGAACCAGGGCAACUUCAGCACCAACCGCAACUACAACAAUAAUGGCAACAUGGGAUUCAACAACAACAUGGGUGGAGGGUUCAACGGACCCAUGGGUGGCAACUUUGGCUUCAACCGCGGCAACAUGAUGGGCGGCGGCAUGCGAGGCGGGCCUGGUGGUAUGAGAGGCAAUCGUGGUGGUGGCAACAUGAUGGGGAUGAACCCCAUGGGCGGCAUGCCAAUGGGUAUGCCCGGCAACAUGGGCAUGAUGGGUAUGGGGGGCGGAAUGCCAGGUUUCCAGGGCAUGGGUCCCAACUUCGGGGGCGGCUUCGGAUUCGGCCAGAACCAAGCCGGUGGUGGCGGCGGCGGCGGUGAUUGGGGUAAUCCGCACGGAGCUAAGCGUCCUCGACCAGAGUGA